CUCUCUCUCUCUCUCUCUUUAGAGAGGAAAAAAGCCCUUCAUUAUCCACCUCCAAUUCUCUCUCUGUUCUUCCAAAUUGAUCCAAAGUUUGCAGCUUUGGCGUAUCAGAACCUCCCAUUUGGAUAUUUCUUGGUGCUUCGGAUUGAGUUUUGGAGGAAAAGGUGAGAUUUUGCUCAUUUGAUUGCAUGUGGUUUGUAGAUUAGAGUGUUGCUUGUUGAGAAUCCAUGGCUUCUCCUGCUUCCCUUGCAACUCUGGGAAGCACGAGGCCAUCCGGCUUGGAUGUCUCCUCCCCUUGGGCUGUCUCCAUUCGGAGAAUCCAUGUUGUUUCUAGGAUUAGUUUCAAUUACUACGGUGAGACGAGGCGAUGGUGUCGUUCUCCUGCACGGCUUUGCAAGUGUAUGGUGACCACUGGGUUCAUUGAGGAGAAAAAAGCCUCGGUUUCCCCUGAAUCCACUUUCAAAAGUAGUAGUGUUGGUGGUGGUGAUGGAGAUGCUGACCUUGUCCUCAAGCCUGCGCCUAAACCUGUACUGAAAGCCCCUGACGAUUCUAUAAACUCUACAUUGUGGUCACCUGCCAAAGUCGCUGGCAAAGUACGGCCAGAGCUUCCGGUGGAGGGUAGGGAGAAUGUUUUAGAGUCUUUAGGUGAGGUUUUGGAGAAGGCUGAGAAGCUUGAAACAUCGAAUUCCACCAAAUUUGUGGUGGAUAAGGACAGGAGAGACAAUGGCAAGAUGAGUGAUAAUCCUAAACCACCGAAACCUGUUAGUGCAAGUUCAUCUCUCAAGAAGGCAAAGACUUUGAAGAGUGUGUGGCGGAAGGGGAACCCAGUUGCCAAUAUGAAGAGGGUUGUUAGUGAAGUACCUAGAGCUGAGAAAGGGAAAGAGGAGGAGAAGGCACCGUCUUUGGUGGUGGAGAGGAAGGAUUCGGUGAAUCUACCGGUUACCCCUUCGAGGCCUCAAAUGUCUUUACCUCCCAAACCCACUCCAAAGUUACAGGCAAGGCCUCCAGCUGCUCCUCUUCCUCCUAAACCUCCUGUCUUGAAUAAGCCUAAUUCUGUUAGAGAGCGGAAGCCAAUUCUUAUAGAUAAGUUUGCACCAAAGAAAUCAGCUAUUGAUCCAAUUGCAGCCGAAGCUAUAUUAGCUGCCCCCACAAAGCCAGGAAAGGGACCUCCACCAACAAAAGUUAAAGAUGAGCGUCGCAAGAGAUCAAGUGCUGCUGGAAGUCUGCGGAGACGCUUGGCAGAUGAUGCUAAGAUACCAGAAGAGGAUGCCUCAGAACUUGGUGUGCCAAUUCCUGGCGUGAAAGAUACAAGGAAAGGUAGGAAGUGGACGAAGGCAAGCCGUAAGGCUGCAAGACUUCAGGCAGCUAGAGCUGCUGAACCUGUUAGAGUAGAGAUUCUCGAGGUCGGAGAAGAGGGAAUGUUGGCUGAGGACUUGGCAUUCAACUUAGCAGUUAGUGAAGCCGAUAUUCUUAGUUAUUUGUAUGCGAAAGGGGUUAAGCCCGACAUGGUGCAAACUUUGGAUAAAGAUAUGGUCAAGAUGAUUUGCAAAGAAUAUGAUGUGGAGGUUCUGGAAGUGGAACCAGUCAGAGUGGAAGAUAUGGCAAAGAAGAACGAAAUGCUUGAUGAGGAGGAUUUGGACAUGUUAGAAGACAGGCCCCCUGUUAUUACAAUUAUGGGGCAUGUGGAUCAUGGAAAGACCACCCUGUUGGACUAUAUACGCAAAAGCAAGGUGGUAGCAUCUGAAGCAGGUGGUAUAACACAAGGUAUUGGAGCUUACAAAGUCCAAAUUCCUGUUGAUGGGAAGCUUCAGCCUUGUGUAUUCCUUGAUACACCUGGACAUGAGGCAUUUGGUGCAAUGAGGGCGAGAGGAGCCAAGGUAACUGACAUUGUCAUCAUUGUGGUUGCUGCUGAUGAUGGAGUUCGCCCUCAAACAAGUGAGGCGAUUGCUCAUGCCAAGGCUGCUGGGGUGCCUAUCAUAGUAGCUAUAAAUAAGGUAGAUAAGGAUGGAGCCAGUCCUGAUCGUGUUAUGCAAGAGCUUUCUUCGGUUGGUCUUAUGCCAGAAGCGUGGGGUGGUGACACUCCAAUGGUUCAAAUCAGUGCUCUUAAAGGGGAGAAUAUAGAUGAAUUGCUAGAAACCAUUGUGCUUGUUGCUGAGUUGCAAGAAUUGAAAGCGAAUCCUCAUAGAAGUGCAAAGGGCACUGUUGUAGAGGCAGGCCUUGAUAAAGCAAAAGGCCCAGUGGCCACCCUAAUUGUGCAAAACGGAACUCUUAAAAAGAGUGAUGUUGUUGUAUGUGGUGAAGCUUAUGGAAAGGUUCGUGCUUUAUUUGAUGAUAGAGGGAACCGUGUUGAUGAAGCUGGACCAUCAACAGCAGUGCAGGUCAUCGGCUUGAGUGAUGUUCCUAUUGCUGGUGAUAGAUUUGAGGUCGUGGAGUCCCUAGAUGUCGCAAGGGAAAAAGCAGAGGCAUGUGGAGUAUCAUUGCGAGCUGCAAGGAUAUCUGCCAAGGCUGGGGAAGGAAAGGUCACCCUCUCAUCCAUUGCUUCUGCAGUUUCAGCAGGAAAACAGGGUGGCUUAGAUAUGCAUCAGCUGAAUAUCAUUUUGAAGGUUGAUGUUCAGGGUUCAAUUGAAGCAAUUAGGCAAGCUAUUCAAGUGCUUCCACAAGAUAAUGUCACUCUGAAAUUCCUUCUUCAAGCUCCAGGCGACAUAAGCGCAAGUGAUGCUGAUCUGGCAGUUGCUACAGAGGCUGUCAUAUUUGGGUUCAAUGUAAAGGCUCCCGGUUCUGUGAAGAGCUAUGCGGACAAAAAGAAUGUUGAAAUUCGGCUAUAUAGAGUUAUUUAUGAUCUUAUUGAUGACAUGCGAAAAGCAAUGGAGGGACUUUUGUAUCCUGUUGAGGAACAAGUAUCAAUAGGAACAGCCAACGUUCGUGCGACAUUUAGCAGUGGAAGUGGACGUGUUGCUGGAUGCAUGGUUGCUGAAGGCAAAGUGGUGAAAGAUUGUGGUGUAAGUGUUCUCCGGAAAGGGAAGAUAAUUCAUACUGGCAAAAUUAGCUCCCUCAGGCGAGUGAAGGAAGAGGUGAAGGAGGUUGCAGCCGGGCUUGAGUGUGGUAUUGGCAUGGAUGAUUACAACGAUUGGGAAGCCGGGGAUGUUAUUGAGGCCUUUAAUACCAUAAAGAAACAAAGAACACUCGAGGAAGCAUCAGCCUCGGUUACAGCCGCAUUAGCCGGAGCAGGCAUUCAAUUAUGAAAACAACAAAAAAGCCGAAAGAUGUUUUUUAUCUAUUUCCAAGGACCUACACAGUUUAUCGAAUUCGGCAUUCCGAAGCUUACAUUCAAUCAUCUAAACCCUUUAAAGCCGGAAACACAGGUAUCAUGUACUAAACAAGUCGAAAAUUUUAUGUAAAUAAUGAACCUCAGCUGUAUUUUUUUUUUUUUGGCAUAGAAGGGGAAUUUUCUCAACCUUCUUCAUGAUUCAACCACAAUCACUUGUAACAGUUGCAGUUAUUUUACUGAAAUUCUUAAUGCAAA